UUCUGUGUGUCCCACCUGCCUGGGGAAAGUUACACAGACAGGAACAGUUGGACAGAAGGAUCCUCCACUCACUCUGUGUCCUCUACGUGACGGUUAUGGAUUCGAACCUUCCUUGUUUUAUCCUCUUCAUCUUGAUUGGCUGUGUCACAUGCUCCUCUGAUGAUCAUCACCACCACAAUGCCACCCGUCGCUACGAUUACUGUGUGCUCGGAGCCGGGCCUGCAGGACUGCAGAUGGGAUACUUCCUCUCCAAGGCCAACAGAGACUACAUCAUCUUGGAGAGGAACUCAGGACCGGGCAGCUUCUUUAACAAGUAUCCCAGGCACAGGAAGCUCAUUAGCAUCAACAAGUUCUACACAGGAAGGCAGAACCGAGAGUUCAACCUGCGCCACGACUGGAACUCGCUGCUUAGUGAUAAACCUGACCUCCUGUUUAAGAGGGUGAGCAGUGAGUUUUACCCUCCAGCCGAUGCCUUUCCGCUCUACCUUUCCAUGUUCGUGAAGGAGCUCGGGCUGAGGGUCAGGUACGGCGUGGACAUUGGCAGGAUCAGGGCAGUGCAGUCAUCCACCGGCAGGAGCUACAUCCUGACUGAUCAACAUGUGACAGACUACACAUGCAGCGUCCUACUGGCAGCCACAGGUUUGUGGGUCCCUCAGAAGGUAGAGUUUCUCGGGUCUGACCUGGUUGAAGGCUACGAGUCCAUCUCCACUAAUCCAGAGGACUACAAGGACCAGGCCGUACUUAUCUUGGGCAAGGGGAACUCGGCUUUCGAAACAGCGCAGAGCAUCUUGGGAAGAGCAAGUCGGGUGCACUUGCUCAGUUCCAGCCCUGUUCGACUGGCUUGGCAAACUCAUUAUGUUGGAGACCUCAGAGCUGUGAAUAAUGAGAUCAUAGACACAUAUCAGCUGAAGUCCCUCGAUGGGUUAGUGGAGGCAAGCCUGGACAAAAUAGUCAUCGUUCAACGAAAGGAGCAAGGCAGGAGGAGAUCGGGCACCAAGAACAAAGAGAAGAAGAGACAGUUGUACUUGACUUUAAAGAAGUACAUACAAGACAAGAACAGCUCUGAGGUGACAGGAGACGAACUGCCGGGGUAUCACUUGGACAACUAUGCUAUGCGAAAGCCCUACGACCGUGUGAUUCGAUGCCUCGGGUUCAGAUUCAACUUCAGCGUAUUUGACAGCUCUGCCUGCCCUCCAAACAGUGACAAUGCAAAAGGGAGGUUGCCGGGGGUGACAGCCUGGUAUGAAGGGACCAACACCCCUGGUUUGUUUGUGCUGGGAACUGCUGCUCACUCCAGAGACUACCGCUUGUCUGCUGGAGGCUUCAUCCAUGGAUUCCGUUACACAGGUGAGAGUCCAACAGGUUCCCAAUCUGAGCUGCUGACAAACACCCUGGACGUGGCUCACACGCAGUCUCUACAGAUCGCCUCGUUAAAAGCUGUUCUUCAGGAUACAGUAGCCUGGGAUCCUACCUCUCCUCCGCAGCCCAGCAGUUCAAUGCCCCGUCGUAAGCCACAAUGGUCAGAGGUGGUGUUAUGGAGCAAAAAAAGGACCUCGCUCGGCGUCGGUCUCUCAUCCCACCUCAGCCUUUCCAACAGAUUUGAGCCUCAGUCAUCGCGGGUCGAAGCGCUGGACUCCGAUGAGCUCAAGGAUGAUGCAGCCCGUCCCACGUCUCCCCAUUCUGGGAGUCGUCCUCUGCCGGCAGCUCCCAUCUCGGCAGCUCCCCUCCCGGCUAACAGCUGGCAGCCUCCCCGCGUGGACAGCUCUGUGUCCCCCCUCGCACACACCACGGAAACAGAGCAGUAA